AGACUGCAGAGAGUCAAAAUCUGGACCUUGACCGAAGCUUCAGGAUUUCUUCCAUUUUCUCCUCUUUUUCUCUUCCAUCCAUUAUUUUUUCUUCUCUCCUUCCAUCAUGUUCUUCAGCGCACACGUCAAAUUUCGUCGUCUCUCGGAUUCUCAGAAGAAAGGAUCUGGAAAUAUCUAUCUUGUCGGUGCUGAUUUUUCAUUUCUUGCGGUGAAUUAGCUUAUAAUGCUGGCGCCAAAAUCUGCCGUCAACAUCCCCGAUCAUGUCCCCAACGGUGCCGCAUUCGCCAUUGUCGCAACCCCGAGAGGUUAGCAUUGUGGAAGAUGAAAAUGAACGAGCGUUUGAAUUGCCGAAAUUCUUGGUGAUUGGUCACAGAGGAUGCGGGAUGAACAUCUUGCAAUCCUCUGAUUCGCGUUUCAAUUUUGUGAAGGAGAAUUCAAUUUUGUCCUUCCAGGCUGCCGCUAGGCUUCCCAUCGAUUUCAUCGAAUUCGACGUUCAGGUGACCAAAGAUGGCUGUCCUGUAAUUUUCCAUGACUGUAUCAUCCUUACUGAGGAAAAGGGAGCUAUUGUGGAGAGAAGAGUUACAGAUCUCACAUUGGAAGAACUUUUUUCAUAUGGGCCACAAGAUGAUCCUGGGAAGAUGGGCAAGCCCCUAUUUAGAAGGACCAUAGAUGGGGGAAUAUUUGAGUGGAAAGUCGAAACUGAUGCACCGCUAUGCACGUUGCAAGAAGCUUUCGAGAAAGUUGAGCCUUCAGUUGGCUUUAACAUAGAACUGAAGUUUGAUGACCUGAUAGUCUACAAAGAGGAGCAACUUGCUCAUAUGCUCCAACAAAUCUUAGAGGUAGUGAAAAAGAAUGCCAAGGACAGACCAAUUAUAUUCUCAAGCUUUAUACCAGAUGCUGCUCAGUUGGUCAAGAAACUUCAAAGCACCUACCCUGUAUUCUUCCUCACGAAUGGAGGAACUAAAAUUUUUCCUGAUAUUAGAAGGAAUUCAUUAGAGGAGGCCAUGAACGUGUGUAUGGUGGGAGGUUUGCACGGAAUUGUUGCAGAAGUCACAUCAAUCUUGAGGAAUCCUACAGCAGUUGAAAGAAUCAGAAAUUCAGGACUCUCACUUAUAACCUAUGGCAAAUUAAAUAACAUUUCGGAUGUGGUGUACGUGCAACGUUUGCUGGGCGUUGAGGGAGUAAUUGUCGAUUUAGUACAAGACAUCACAGGGGCAGUAUCUGAUAUAAUCACUUCUUCCAAUUGGGACGAGGGCUUUGCUGAGCAGCAAAUGAAGAUGAAGGCGACGAGCCCCGACUUCUCCCAGCCGCAAAUGAUGACGAGAGCUUGCUUCCUGAUCAACAACAAACAGGUACUCUCACAAAAGAUAAAUCUGGAUUCUCACAUUGAUCAUAUAAUCCAGGUUUAUCAAUCAAUGUAAGUAAAUAAGCAUGAUCUUGAUAGCUGUAGGAUUGAAUAUUGAUAAUAUAAUCCAAGUUUAUCAAUGUAUGUAAAUAAAGUAUGAUCUUGAGACUGAUAAUCAAGGUACAUUUGUAAAUCACAAGAAAUUGAAGGAAGUAAAAAUAGAGGAGCAAGAAUCAACUGAGAUCAAAUUAUUUGAAUAAA